AUGUCAUUGGGCGUACGCAAAAUUGCCCGGUCCCGUUUGAACGGGUUGCUCUCGCCAUGCCGGGCUCAGCAAUGGCACCAGGGCUUUGGCACUCAUCUUGGACAGAGAGCGCGCCUCUCUGCGCUCAAUACCCCAGUGGCCCUAGACUCCAGAAUGGGACCCGAUGCCGCGACAUCCUCCACAUUUAGGCCGCCCAGUCAUGAUAUUUCCGAACCGCAUCCACCGACAAGACAACUGUCACAACCGAGCGCAACGCAUUUGCAAGAUACGCAAGAUGGACGAUCACAACCCGAUCCUCACAAACACUAUUCAACAUCGACACUGCCAUUGGUUACAGGACGCAAGAUCAGGGCAUUAGCCAUCCAAUAUAACGCUGACCCUAGGCUUGUGCGCAGGGCAGCUACCCAAGUUAAUCGCGGAAUCCAGCUGAAAAACAAAAUCCUCACAGACCGAGGGUUGUUUCUGUCCCUAGCUAUACGAUUCAACUCACUAUACUCCCAAACCCUGGCAUUCUGGCAAUGGAAAGGUUCAUACACAGCAAUUUUCAACGCCAAGCUAGAUGGGGGCGUUGUUCACCGCCGGUUGCCUUCAUUGAACGAUGAUGCGAAAUAUUUGCUCGAUAUGGUUCUCGAUGAUUGCUACGGAUCUUUCCAAGAGACGUGGGAAGACCUGAAUCGGCCUACCAAAGCCUGGGCCUGGCAGCGUCUGGCUAUCUGGCUACUUCAGAACGCCCCCGAGAAGGCACUUGACUUUCUCAUUGUUACCACAAAGCCAUUGCACAAGCCGGACGCCAACAUGGUAUCCGAUUGCUUCAUCUAUUUGGACAGAUUCUACUACCACGACCGGCUUCGGGGUUGGUCGAGUGAUACACACACAUAUGCGACGGCAAUUGCAGACUGCAUGCAACCGGAAGAUUGGCCUAUCAUUAAUCCACCCCAAAAAGGCCUGCGGCUCUAUAUUCGCCGAACAGACUCUGCGAGGGCUGUAAAGGCAUUCAGGCUGGUGAACGAGCGGGGCAUCACGAUGGAAGCGCAAACACUGCUUUGUUUCAUGAACAAGUUCACGCACCAGAAAAAUGUGGAACUUGCCUUGAAGGCUCUUGGAUCUAUCCCCAGGAUUAACCAUCCAGACUUUACCAUGGCCUCUUCAGCGGUGUUGCGGCACUGUUGCAAGCUUUUAACACUCGAUUCAGUCGAGGACACAGCAGAAGGCCGCAACUUCCGUAUUCUUCCGAGGCUCCUCAACAUGAACGUUCAGCCAGACCGCGACAUGAUGAACCUGGUGCUUGCCAAUGCCUACAAAACCGGUGAUCCCCAACUUGGGGCUGAUAUGCUCGAUUUCAUGCAGAGACACCACCACGUUUUCGACUCUUAUACCUAUGUGACUCUCCUCACGGAUGCAGUGGCUCGAGGCGAUCAUUCCCGUGUGGACGAAUUGACUCGAGAAAUUGAAACGCAAGAGCAAUUCAACGAAAACCCCUACAUUUUCAGCAAACUUAUGCAUGCUCACUAUACCUUCACUGCGAAGCAUCUGGACCCUGAAAGUGAUCCUGCAGGUGUGUUUUACUCCAUGCUUGAAAUGUACAACAAACUCCACGACAUCUCCCCCCUCAAAGCACUCUUGAUCGUCCCUUCUCACUACACACCGCCGGUAACUGGACUGCAAAACAAAAUCCCCCCUUCUCGAGUGGCCCUAUUCCUUAUGAUUUCGACAUUCUUCCGCUGCAAGAACAAACAUACUCAAGCACAUCGUAUCUACGACCAGUUCCGCGAACUGGUGCGCAUGGGCGACCCAUCCAUCGCCUCUCUGGUUGAAACCGAUCAUGUCUACAAUGAAUUCCUCAUUGCCUUCCGCAAGAGCCCACUUAGUCUUCGGUCAAGUGUCCGUCUUGUUGAAGAUAUGCUUGAUACUUCUACGCUUCCAACACAUACCACAACCGGGGUACCUUUGAAACACGUUGCACCCUCCGAGCACACUUGGACUAUCCUCCUCAGUGCAUUUAAUUACAACGGCCAACCUGAUGCAGCGGAGAAGGUCAAGGAGAUGAUGGCCAAAUACAAUGUCAGGUACAAUCAGGUGACCUGGAACACUAUCAUCAACGGCUUCGCAAAUACCCAAAGUAUCACAGAAACCGCUUCUGCGAUUAGGCAGAUGGAGCAGCAAGGAUUUGUUAUUGAUCGCUACACCAUGAACAGUCUACGCUAUCUCCGUGAUCCCCAGCGCCUGUGGGAUUCAGUCGCGGAAUUGGACAAAGCCUCCGCAAAUUCUGCUUAUGAAGAGCCACUUGCUACGGAACCCACGCCUGAUGUGCACACAGGCCCGCAAGAGCUGGAGCAUGACGAUCUGAUUGAUAGUGGCCUGCAGAAACUGGAGUUGAAGUCAAAGUCAUCAAAGUGA